GUUUCGUUCAAAUUUAUACGUAUCAAAACAAAAAAAAUAAAAAUAUUUUGUUGGCAAUCCGUUUUGGAUUAUUAUUAUUAUUAUUAUGGCUGCAUCAAAAAAAGCCGGUAAGAAAAAGUCUGGUAUAAAAAAAGGUAAAGGUAAAAAGAAAUCUGCAAGUAAAAAAAGCAAAUCGAAAAUAUCAAAAUCAAAAACAGAUGCAACAACAACAGCAGCAACAACAACAACAACAGCAUCAACAACUGCAGAUGAAAGUAAAACUGAAGCUACAAAAACUAAUGUGGAUACAUCAAAUGCCGGAUCAACAUCGAAACCAAUGGAUUUUCAAUCAAAAACUGUACCAUUUUCUUUAGAAAUGGGUAAAAAUGAUGAUGCAGCAAAAUAUUUAUUCAAUACAUGUAAAUUAGAUUCAGAUGUAGCACUUAAAAUUGAAAAAAAUCGUCAAGCAAUCGAACAGGUAGUAAAUCUUUUACGUGACAUAAGACCAGAUCAAAUUACAAAUGAUAUUAAAGAUGAUCUGAUUAAAAUUCAUUGUAUUGCUCGUGGUAUACGGAUACGUUUAGCACAUCAUUUAGCUGAACAGGAAAAAAAGAUGAUGGAUAUAAUGAUGAAAAUGUUGACACCGAAAAAAGAUACAACUGCAGCUACAACAGCAGCUACAACAGCAACAACACCGCCAACAGCAGCAACAACAGCAACAACACCACCACCAGAAACAAAAACAGAAACAAAAGCAGAAUCAGAAUCUAAAAAUGAAACUACAAAAACAAAUCCUGAUUCAGCGGCAGCUACGACGGAAGUAACUAAAACAAAUAUUACGGAAGCAAAAAGUGAAGGAUCAGCAGCAGCUGAUUCAGAAUCACUAAACAAAUCAUCUGAAGCGAAGAAAACAACGGAACCUGAAAAUACUGAAAAUGAAGAAUCAAAAGAUGAAGAAUAAUCAAGAGAAAUAUUAAAUCUUGAGACAAGAGAAAAGCUUCACCACCACACCAACACCAACACUGAAAAAAAGAGAGAUUUAAAUUCAAACAUUUUUGAAU